CGCGCUUGGCGACAGGUCCGAAGGAAUGGCCCAGUCCCAGGACAAGCACCACUGCACGUACUGCAAUCUAUGGGUCCAAGGCGACCGCGUCAGCAUCCGCAACCAUGAGGCUACGCAGCGCCACAAGGACCGGACCCAAGCGCAGUUCAAGAUCCGCACGCGCGACCGCGAAAUCGCCGAGCGCCAAGAGGCCAACAUGCAGCGCGAGCUCGACCAAGUCGAACGCAAUGCACGGGCUCGGUUUGCCCGGGACAUGGCCGGGAAGACGCGCACCCAGGCCGAGACGUCCAUCGACCUGCCUGCCGUGGGUCCGCUGCCCCGGCAAGUCGCGCAGCUAGCAGCGCCCAGCACCAUGCCGCCACCGCCACCGCCACGAAUGGUUGCACCGCCGCCGCCGCCACGAAACACACCCAUGCGGCUCGCCCCGCCGGCGCAUCAGCCAAUGCAGCAGCCGUACCUGGCCGUACCGCUUCACACUGUUGCGCCAAUGGCGCGGGUGCCACCUCCGCGCGUGCCGCCGCCGCAGGUCCCGCCCCCCGUGGUCCCGCCCCCCGUCGUAGUGCCGCCGCCGCGUGCCCCUGCCCCCGAGCAGAGCCCCGGGUUCUACGUCGUCCGCGGUACUGUGUACCUCGAAGGCCAAUUCCACGAAGUACGCAUCUCACAAUAA